UUCAGAACACACCAUCAACGCGCGCUGGACAUCCAAUGUGUCCCAGUAUAGACGUCUGAAAAAGUAAGCAGACCAGUGAGUUUCUUCGAGACUUGCGCCCGCUGCACAAAUUUUGACCUUAAGGCUAUACCUCCACUCAUACAUUACAUCACUAUCGUGAGGAACGGCUUGCCUUAUACCUACCUAACCUACUCUAGUUGUACUCUUGGUCUUUGGUCACUGUAACCCCUUCACGCUUGAAAGGGCUAAAUAUUGCCAUCGAAUAAGCUUGCUGCGACAAAAUCAUUUUUCACCCUGUCAUCCGGAGACACCGCAACCAUGAGCAACAGCAGGGUUAUCAAGAUUGGUACUCGCCGGUCGCCACUUGCCAUCAGGCAGGUAGAACAUACCGUUGCACUUCUGCAAAAGGCGCACCCGGAUAUCACAUUCGAAGUGAACGCCAUCGCCACUCAGGGAGACAAGGACAAGGUAUCACCACUGCCUUCAAUGGGGAAGGGCAUGUGGACCAACGAGCUCGAGGCAAUGCUCACUACUGGAGAGGUCGACUUCAUCGUCCACUGCCUCAAGGACAUGCCCACUACCCUCCCGGACAACUGCGAGCUCGGCGCGGUCAUGGAGCGUGAGGACCCGCGCGACGUUGUGGUCAUCAAGCCCAAGCAUGUUCAGGCCGGCUGCAAGACCAUUGCUGAUCUGCCCAAGGGCAGCUUGGUCGGUACCAGCAGCCCGAGGAGAUCGUCUCAGCUCAAGCGGUGGUACCCUGAACUGCGUUUCCGGGACUACCGCGGCAACAUCGAUACGAGGUUGCGCAAGCUCGACGCCGAGGAUGGCGAGUUCGACUGCAUUAUCUUGGCAGCUGCAGGCCUGCACCGCAUGGACCAGCACUCGCGAAUCGCGCAGUAUCUCGACUCGACGACAGAAGGUGGUGGUGUCUUGCACGCCGUGGGACAGGGUGCUCUUGGACUCGAGGUACGAAAGGGCGACAUUGAGACCUUGAAGGUGAUUGAGUGUCUCGUGGACAUGCCGACGAUGAAGGCCGGCUGGGCCGAGAGGACGGUCAUGCGAACACUCGAGGGUGGAUGCAGCGUUCCCAUCGGCGUCGAGACAUCAUGGUCGGACGAGGGCAAAACGCUCAGGCUGAGGGCAACAGUAGUUGCUUUGGAUGGGUCAGAGGCAGUAGAUGCUGACGCGUCCGCCUCCGUUUCCAACCAAGAGGAGGCCGAAGCUCUCGGUAAGCAAGUAUCACAGGUUUUGGUGGAGAGAGGGGCAAAGAAAAUACUCGAUGUCAUCACCCAGACUCGCUUGGCACCGCCAGUGAAGACGGUAGCUGGAGCUGCGGCGUGAUACUGCACUGUACUCCCAAACAUGGCACAAUUCUCAGUGUUACAUACACACCAAGAGACGGGAUGGUCUCUAGGGCUUUAGACAGGAGACAAAAGCAAGCUUUAUGGCAACGGCGAGCAAAGGACUCGGUCUAGAUUUUCAACCCCCUUCCCCGUAAUGCUACAUACAACCCACGUAUAUUGCACUUCAGUGCUGAUUCCGGCAGCUCCAUGAAGCAAAAUGCAGUACUGCGGAUGAUGAUCCUUAAAC